AUGAAUAAAAUUCUCACAGUAUUUUGUGUACUUCUCUUGUUCUCUUAUCCUUCUUGUGCAUUGCCCUUGUGCACUGACUUGAGAGCACCUACAACUCCAAAGAGCAGUUUAGCAUUCUGUCCAUAUAAUGGAAAAUCCUGCUGUAAUCCAUCAGAAGAUCUGGCAUUGCAGAAGAGGCUCCAGGCCAUGAACAUUUCUGAUACUGCCUGUGCCUCAGCUGUGAAAUCAAUCCUCUGUGCAACUUGUGAUCCAUUCUCAGCAGAGUUGCUUAAGGUAAAAUCGGAUCCUCGUACUGUUCCAAUCCUUUGCAAUUCGACUGCUGGCACAGCUGUCUCAUCUUUGUCAGAUAACGACUUUUGUUCAACAACAUGGAAUUCUUGUCAAAAUGUACCGAUCCUGAAUUCUCCCUUUGCCCCUUCAUUACAAAGUAAGGCUCAAGUGCCACAAAAUGCCAGCUUAUCCAAACUCACUGACCUCUGGCAAUCAAAAUCUGAUUUUUGUAACGCAUUUGGUGGUGUCACGGAUGAGAUUUCCCUUUGUUUUAACGGUGAAGCAGUCUCUCUUAACAAAACCAACACUUUGCCUCCACCAAAAGGCUUGUGUUUGGAGAAAAUUGACAAUGGAUCUUAUCUUAAUAUGGUGGCUCAUCCAGAUGGUUCCAACCGGGCUUUCUUUUCUAACCAGGCCGGGAAAAUUUGGUUGGCCACUAUUCCUGAUCAGGAUUCAGGAGAGGUAAUGGGACUUGAUGAGUCGAGUCCAUUUGUAGACUUAACAGAUCACGUUCAUCUUGAUACUAGUUUCGGGAUGAUGGGAAUGGCUUUUCAUCCAGACUUUGCAAAAAAUGGCCGUUUUUUUGCAUCAUAUAAUUGUGACAAAGAGAAGUCUCCAGGAUGUGGCGGAAUUUGUGCAUGUAAUUCGGAUGUAGGAUGCGACCCCUCGCAGUUAGGUUCUCUCGAUUCAGGACCGCAUUGCAAGUAUCAGACCGUUGUUUCAGAAUUUACUUCUAAUGGAACUGCUUCAAAUCCAUCGAUGGCUGAAAAGGCCAGUCCAUUUGAAGUAAGAAGAAUAUUUACAAUGGGGCUUCCGUUUGGAGCAAAUCAUGGUGGCCAAAUACUUUUUGGGCCGGAAGAUGGAUAUCUAUACAUCAUGAUGGGAGAUGGUGGAAGCAAAGGAGAUCCCUAUAAUUUUGCACAAAAUAAGAAGUCAUUGCUCGGAAAGAUAAUAAGGUUCGAUGUGGACAAUAUACCAAGUGAAGAGGAGAUAGUUAAACUUGGACUGUGGGGAAACUAUUCUAUCCCACGGGAUAAUCCUUAUUCCGAAGAUAAAGAAUUGCGGCUGGAAAUUUGGGCCCUCGGUUUAAGAAAUCCGUGGCGUUGUAGCUUUGAUUCAGAAAGGCCUUCCUAUUUUCUCUGUGCUGAUGUUGGACAGGAUCAAUAUGAAGAGGUAGACAUCAUAUCAAAGGGGGGAAACUAUGGAUGGCGUGUUUAUGAAGGUCCUCUUGUUUUUAAACCUCAGCAAACUCCGGGGGGAAAUACUUCUGCUAAUUCCAUCGAUUCAAUUUUGCCCGUAGUGGGAUAUAGUCAUUCAGAGAUAAAUAAACUAGGAUCUGCAGCAAUAUCAGGAGGAUAUUUCUACCGUGCCAAGACUGAUAUGUGCACAUACGGAAGUUACUUGUAUGGAGAUUUAUAUGCCAAUCAUAUAUGGGCAGCAUCAGAAACUCCCCAAGACAGUGGAAACUUUUCUACAACAGAUAUCCCUUUCAGCUGUGCUCCAGAUUCUCCUAUCAAGUGCAGCUCAGUGCCUAAUAGCAAUCUUCCUGCUUUAGAAUACAUUUUCUCAUUCGGUGAGGAUAACAGGAAAGACGUUUUCAUUCUAACACAAAGUGGAGUGUAUCGAGUUGUUCGUCCAAGUCGUUGUAAUUAUAAGUGCUUAAAGGAAAGGGUAAUAUCUACACCUAGUCCUCCUCCCCUGGCUCCUUCUCCUGCUGACCUUACUACUCCACAUUUCAAAUUUAUGCUUAUCUGUGUAAGUUUGCUUUUACUAGGAUUUCUUUUGUAA